GCUGUGUGGUUUGGCUUGGUAGUGAAGCACAAUAGAAAUUGGGAGAAAGGGGGUGGAAUGUAGAUGUGUGACCUGCCCCGUAGCUUUCUUGCUCUCUGCAUUUAUCACAUCACAUCACACCCAGCAAGACAGCCCCCCUCCUCCUGGCUCAUUAGGAGAUUUGAUUCGGCUCGGCUCCUGCUGUCAGCAGCUGUCUGGGGCAAGAUCUUUAUGCUCCCUGCUCCCUGAGCAGCACCAGCCUUCAGCCAGCAGCAGAGCUCAUUAGAAGAGGGCCCCCUGGACACUUGAUUUUCAGCUCAUCGGUGGCCGGAAAGAGUUAAUACCUACGGCUUCGCUGCCCCCUGCAUAGCCUCUGGGUGCAGAGGGAGGCAGCUUUGGGCUGUGGGGACUUCUCCCUGAGCUGCAGCCCGAGAGCAAGGAAGCAGAACUCCUUAACCCGCAGCCUCUCUGACCACCCAGUUGGCAAAGACCCGCAGGCCAUGAGGACUGGUCAAAGACAGAACAAAGGGAUGAGGACCCGCCUGGGAUGCCUGUCUCACAAGUCAGACUCCUGUAGCGAUUUCACAGCUAUUCUUCCCGACAAACCCAACCGUGCUCUAAAGAGACUAUCCACAGAAGAAGCCACGAGGUGGGCAGAUUCCUUUGAUGUGCUUCUGUCCCAUAAGUAUGGGGUGGCUGCGUUCCGCGCCUUCUUGAAGACAGAGUUCAGCGAGGAGAACCUGGAAUUCUGGCUGGCCUGUGAGGAGUUCAAGAAGACCAGGUCAACUGCAAAGCUGGUUUCCAAGGCCCAUAGGAUCUUUGAGGAGUUUGUGGAUGUGCAGGCUCCGAGGGAGGUAAACAUAGACUUCCAGACCCGAGAAGCCACGAGGAAGAACAUGCAAGAGCCAUCCCUGACUUGCUUUGAUCAAGCCCAGGGAAAAGUACACAGCCUCAUGGAGAAAGACUCUUAUCCCAGGUUCCUGAGGUCCAAAAUGUACUUAGAUUUGCUGUCCCAAAGCCAGAGGAGGCUCAGUUAGACCUCAGAUGGGGACUCUUGGAGAUCACUGGCUUUUCCCCUCCCUUUGCUGCCAAGACCAUAUUCUAACAUGAUAUGUCAUAGGUGUUCAAAAAGCAAUGGCACUUAGGUUGGGAGCCUGGGGAUGAGAAAUGGAUGAAAGGCCAUUCCAAAGUAAGAUCCAGUCAUCAGAGCUUGGACUCUUCCAUUUACCCAUGUUUGUGUUUCGGUUAGUGGUAGCACCUUGCUGCUAUUACCCUUUUAUUGGGUCAGCAAAUUGCCCUCCAUAAUGCCUUGGGUCAUUGCCGCUGAGAAGGCAGAUUUGCUAUGCUGGGCUAUGUGUAAAUAAUGCAAAUGCAAUUUCCACCACCUCCACACCCUCCUCAGUUAGGAUUCCUGACUCUAACUUGUACCAUACCCCUGUGAGGAAGAGCUUAAAGACUCUGGCUCAUGUUUGUGAUUUGCUGUCACAAUGUAAUGACCAGUCCUGGGUGCUGGGACCUCACCAUGGAGAGAGGUCUCUGGGGAAUCCCAGGUAUCUAGCACUGUCGUUAACGGGUGGCCUUGGGAGAAGAGGCAAACUCCAUGGCUAUUUCUUCCAUUUCCAUUGGACCAGUAUGAGGAGCUGUGAUCACUGCCCAUCUUAGCCUAGGAAAUUCACAAGACUUUUUUACCCUCACAAUUCCAGGGAGGGUCUUGGGAGAUGCCUUUCAUGAGUUCUGGUGUGGAUCUGCUUUUAAGAAGGAUACAGCUUGCAAAUCUUCUUCAGUUCUACCAAGAAAUAUUCCAGAAGUCAAAUGACCAGGGAACAUAGCACCAGUAGACUUUUGUGCAAUGGGGCACCAUAUAUCCUUUCUGUUGCUUACUAUAUUCUCUGCCCUCACCUCCCUGAGGCAUCACACAUCAUGAUCUCUUAGACUGACAGACAGCUCGACAAAGGGAGGUGAAUUCCCAUAGCAUGGACAGCUCUCAUGGUGCCUAAUACUUUACUUGUCUCUCCCUGUCCCCCCUUCCAUGCAGGUCAUGUAAUUAUGAUGGGGGAGAAUGGGAAUUUAGGCUGUAACUCUCCAGCUUGCUUCCUGGGAGCAUGCUUUCUUAGAAAGGUCUCUCUCAUGAGGGCCACCCUUGGCUAAUCAGCAACUUCCUUCUUGAUCUCUGACUUUUUGGGAUUGAACAUGGAACAGGAGGUGAGGCUAAGAUCACUGUGAACAUCUGGCUGUGGAGAAUCUUCCUAAAAUGCUUUCACGGUACCCUGCGACUGCUUUUGGAGCUGUGUCAGGAAACCCUUCCUUGGAGGACAAGCAUAAAGCUCUAGCUGACUGAGAAAAAGUGGACUUUGGCACAAGUCUGUAACGCCCAAGAUGUGACUCCUCAGCAGAGAGACCAGAAAGUGGAAGAGGAAUCUGGAAGAGGUCAGUCUCCAGCUGGACCAAAUCAUGGAGAAUAUGGUGGAAGUACUAUUGGGAUGAUUCACAGCCAAUGGAUUUGGAUUCAUUGCAGAUCUCCAAAACUUUCAGCUUGACUCAAUGGAAGAACUACGAUUAGGCACAAACUCUGGAGUUCUGGUGACUGAGAACUGGGCUGAAGCAUUCUCCCUGUGUGGGGCGAUGGGCCUCUUUAGAUGCACCAGAUUCCAGCGUUUCAUUCCUUUCCAGACACUCUGUGAAACUCUUCCUUCUUUGGCUGCAGCUAGUCAAGUCCAAGGGGGCUCUUGAGUCGCCCUGGUUUUAGGGUCCAUUGCCCUGCCAUGACACGUUAUAUCUGUAAGCGAGGGUUGGCGAGUCUGUCUGAACCACCAAGGAGAGCGAGAACACAUGCCACCUGGCCCUCACACUGAAGCAUCCUGUGAAAUCUCACAUUCAAGGACUCUGAAGCCUUGAACGGGUGUUCCUAGUUAGAUCAGGUAGUGUCCCCCUACCCCCAAUGGUAAAAAAGCAUUCUUAGCUAAAGCUGCCAGAAUUAAUUUAAUGAUCAAAUUCUUGAACAGGGUAUUUUAAACAUUGUUUACACAUGAAAUGUGCAACUGCUGCCAACUCUACUGUUGAAUAUGAGGUGCAUGUAAGUCAGAACAGCACAGAGCUCCCGAAAAAUGGAAUGUUUAAGAGGGGCCUUUUUACUGCUUCCACUGUCCCCAGAAGUCUGCACAAGAGUGUUGGGCCGUGGCCUCCCCUGAGGCCUGGAGUUCUUGCCAAUGGAAUGAAGGCUGCAGAUGGCGAUGUCAUGGCGCCCGGUGACUCCCCCCCAUGAUGGGGAGGCGUGAAGGACCAAGCUUGGGUGUCCUGAAUUUUGCCGCUAUGGGAGGGUAUGUGGGCGUGUGUCUGUGUGUAGAGGAACGUGAUAGCUCUAUUUAUGGUACUCCCGUGGAGUGUCUGCGUGCGUGCGUGCUUAUGUGACCACUGUGAGCGUGAGUCCAGUACCCCACAGAGAUGGUCUUCCCAUGCGGUGGAGCUGUCCUCACCCGCUUUCUGUCCUGCUUUCCACAAAAGGCACGGAGCUCUCUGCUCCGAUGCCUAAGUUCAGGCACUUAGGUCAUGCCAACCCAGAUUUUGGUCUGUGAUGAAACAAAGAAAAAUGUUUACAACAUCUAGAGCAAUAUCAAAGCAUACCUCAUCCCCGACCUUCCAUGUCUCCCCGUCCUGCCCUCUCUCCUAGUUCCUCUUCCUUGGGUCCUCGCCUGCCCCAUUAUGUGGGCAUCUGCAGGGGCCCCUUCCGUGUAAGGUCUUCCUUUAAUCCUCAUGCCGGGCUCGUGCUGUGGACUGCCUUCUGGGCUCAAGGCAUGCUCUGGGCCUGGGCACUUUGAAGACCCAGGGCAAGCCAGGGCAGGAGGCCAGGCAGAGCGGUGGAUUUUAGGACUGCUCUCCACCCCACAAGUGGGUUUUCGGCCCCACUUGAGUGUCAGCCUGUUUUUAAGCCAGUGGGAGAUGACCUGUUGCCUUGGGCAAACCAAACAGAACCUAAUCUAUGACAACCCUUCACAGUCGCAGGGUGCCUGUGGGGUGAGGACGCUCAGCAUCCUCGGAGCGUGCCCAGGGCUUACUGGGAAAGCCUGUUACAAGUGCUAAUUCCCAGGACGCACACCCAGAGAUGCUGAUCCGAAAGUCUUGUGGGGGGGCACCCAGAAAACUGCAGUUUUAGUAAGUUCCCAUGCAGUAGGCUUGGAAAGAAGAUGGUCUAAGAGAGUGGCUCGCAGCCCUGGCGGCUCCUAGGAAUCCCCUGGCGAGUUUUCAGACCUAAAUGUCUAGGUCCCACCCCAGAACAGCUUGGGGAUGGGACCCACGGCAGCAGUUGUUUGUUUACAGCGACCCGGGUGAUUCCGCGUGGAUGAGGUCAGGAAGCACCGGCCUGGGGAGUGAGAAGGAGCACGGCCGAGAUUAACGGGGGGCUAGGCCUAGAGGGUAGAGCGCACGCAGAGGCAAACAGGCACAAUAAUGGGGAACCUGCCAGCCUUGAGUCAGACUCUGGGGGGCUGCACCCUGUGCUGUCUCAGUCCGACGUGCUCCUUUGAGAUGAAAAUGGUUUUGCCCCAGUUGCACAGGGCAUGAGGCAGCGAUCGGGUCGGCCGAUGACAGGGAGCUCUGGAGGGUGUCUGGAGGGAGCUCUGGAGAGGUUUCCCUACGCAGCCAGCCGAGUCUCUCAUUCGCAGUGCUUCCUCCAAGCUCGCCUCCUGGGCCUCUCCAUCCUUCAUGAGUGUUCAUGCCCUCUGGUCAUUAGCCUUAGGUCGUGCCUCUGUGUCCAAUGCCCUCUGGUCAUUAGCCUUAGGUCGUGCCUCUGUGUUCAAGGCCACGCGACAGGGUAGGUGGAACUCAGGCAGUGGGCCAAGGGUGUGUCCCAUCCUGGGACUGUCAUGCCCUUUGGGGCUUUCUUUUCCAAGGCCACAGUGGGGUUUCAGUUCCUGCGCUAAGCCCUCACGAUUCCCUCUUCGGUCUCAGGCUGGAUGGGCAGCUGGAAGAUUCCCAGUGGAUUUUCUUCUUUGGUGCUCGCCCCAGAACUUGCUGCUCGGAGCAAACCAAAGCUGUGAAAUGGUGUUCUGCCCAGGCAGCCGGCCCAGCCUCUGGGUAGGGCGAGGGCCUGGGUCCUUUUCCUUGGCGGGGCCAGGGUGACCCCAUCCCCCUGGGCCCUGGACUGUGAGGGAAAGUCAUGAACCCAUUGUGUCAAGAGGGUAGGAGUGGGGAAGACUGAAGAGGAAGGAACAGGACGGGAAAGGCAAGCGGCUGACGUGGCGUCCGCUUCUCCACGAAGCAGAAGGGACAGUGAAAAGCAGCACGUUCAGGGGCAAGACGGCCCCCAUUGACAUGAGUGCCCAGAGCUCUCCUGACCCUGGGUGUGCCUACGCCCAAGCCAAGCAGAGGAAUUCCACGUUCCAUCUGACGCUGUCCUGCAGUCGGCCGAGGGUCACCCUCUAAGUAGGUGUCUCUCCGGGUCAGAAGCAAGGGAGGCGGAGAGCCACCCCUGCCUCUGAGAACCUGUGCCACUCGGCAUGAGGCUGUGGAGGAAGCUGCUGAGAGCAGCCACGUCUCCCGGUCCCCCUGGCCUCUCAGGACCCCACAGGAUGCUGUGGGCCCGGAUGGGAGACGGCAGGACGGGGCCGCCAGCCUUCCCAGGCGUGAGGUCCAGGCCGGCUCGGUGCACCGUGCCCUUGGUGGUGGUUCCUCCCUUCGGACCCUUCUGCUGCCGUCCCUCUGCCGCGUGCAGGGAGAGGGGGCCGCGUGGCCGGGUCACAGGGCGUGCACGGGAGAUGCGCGACAGCUCAUCUGCCGUAGGAACCGCUUGGCUGAUGGAGUCCUCAUUGAGUUGUUUCAUUCCUGUGCAAAGUGGAAUCCUGUCAUUCGCCUCGACUAUACACAAGGCUGUGAGAACAUAAUAAACAGAGAGCCUGAACAUGCGGCCCUCUGCUCUCUGCCCACA